AUGUUGCAAUUGUCACCUACACAGGUGCACUUUCUCAAAAAGUACUUGUUGGAGCAGCAGCUUGUAAAAGAGUUGCAAAUCUUGAAUGAGCCCAAUUGCUGCGAGUUGCUAGGACCACCAUUCAAUGCCAGCGAAUCUUCCCCGAAUCUUCCGUUAUUGACCUUUUUCUUCCGCAAGUUCUUGGUAACUUUUCCCUUGAUUGUAAAAAAUUCACCGGAAAAGCAACGACAGUUUUGGCAGGAUGUCGUAGAGCCAUUUGUCAUUAACUUUAACUCGAAACAAAUUAGUGGGAGUAGCGAACGAAGAGGAGUUUCUAAGAGGAAAAGGGCAAAUAAGAAACUUCUUUCUGUUUUGCUCUUGUUUUACAAUUCGACUUUGGUUGCAGGAAACGAAAUGGAGUAUUUGACGAAGGACCAUUACAAGGCAUCAGAUACGGCAAAGCUUGAGAAAUUUGACAUACAGAAUCUGGAUCGAUAUGAGAUUAUUGGAUUGAACCAGUUUGACAAGAUGGUUUUUGUUAAUGAUAUUUACAUAAACAUUGUUGCUGUUAGAACAGUUGAGCAUGAGCAACUGCGGAGUUGGUUCAAGGUGCAGCGCCAACACAAUUACGAGUUUGUUAUUCAGAUUGUUUUGCGACAAGGUAAAGAAUGUGUCAAUGUGUUUGUCAACAAAUAUUACGGACAGUUUAGGACAUUGGAAAAUGAGUUGAAAAAAGAGCUCCCUGGAGCAAUGACCACCAAGAUAGCAACGCUUCCACAUAAGGAGAAACACGAUGAGGGAGAAGAUUUGGAUAUGGAUGGCAAAUCAGGUGUGCUUACGCGCGAAAGACUCAGAUUGGCAUUACGAGGCUAUUUGCGGGAAUUGAUCAAAGUCAAGGAGAUUGUCAAGACCAACGCUUUCCAGCUGUUUAUUCUGACAGAUUCGACAGAUAUGACUUUGGAUGACGUGGAGGAUUACAAGACGCGUGUUGAGCACGAGACCAAGAUGCUUGAGACGCAAAAGGAGUUUCAGAAAGAGACGUUGAAAAUAACUACAGCAUUGAGUGGCAAGAUCGAAAGCUUCAAGUCGCUCCUUAUUGAGAACCCAAAUGCGUCUAGUGACUUGUUGGAGGAAAUUGGGUCAACUAGAAGCAUCAAGGAAGCCUCGUCUGUGUUGCAGACUUUUAACGAAUGGGCCAAGUUGGAGAUUGCCGCUACAGUGUACCACUUGUUCUUGGCACAGGACUCUGCAGCCGGGUUCUACCAGAAAUGUAGAAAGCUCCACCGGUGGUUUCCCUAUAGUGUUGUUUAUGCCAUUUUGCGGUUCACAAACCCAAUGAAGAUGAUCCUGAGAGUGGUUGACUUGUUGUUUUUGAGUAUUCCUCGGCUCCCUACAUGGAACAAGGAGUUGAGAGAGCACUCAAAGUCUACCGGUGCGCGAAACUUGUGUGCGUUGAUGUUUAUUGCCAUGUUGAAUGAUGAUUUGUUGGGGAAUGAAAAAGAGAUAGCUUUGUUGAGAGAAGAUCUCAAGGGAUUCGAAAGGUAUUUGCAAAGGAUUGAUAAUUUUGUUGCUUCGCUGUGGCAAGAUGUGCAGGACAUAAAGGAGGAGGCACUCCACCAGCAGCAGGACUAUUUCAUGACUAUACUAACGAGUGAACUGAUUGGUCCACCGUGCGAUGCGCGCCUUAGAUUGAUUCAAUACUCGUACAAUGCAUUUGAGUCUGGAGGCGACAUGGAAGCUCUGUCCUUGUACUUGAAUCUUAAGCAAUAUUGGCAAUUGCAGGUGCGGACUAAAGAUAAGGAGCUUCUCAAGCAAAUAUGGGAGGAGCCUGAAAUCACGCAGCUUUUGAAGACAAUCUUGGAGGUGUUUUACAAUCCAAUCAUGUCUGUGUUUGCCAAGAGCAAUGUUCACAAGGCAUUCAAGUCUGCGGAGAAGAUGAUUGAUGAGAUAUUGAAAGUAGUUGGCGAGAUUAGAGAUGAGCAGUAUUACCUAAGUCCGUUGCAGAUCUACGAUCGGAUCAAGGCAGUGUUGGAUGAGCAUGAAGAUUUCUUGUGGAACUUUCUUCACGAUGUUUAUGCCAAUGAUGAUCAGCAAGUGUUUCUUGGUUUUAUCAAGUGGGCAGAAACAUUUUUGCUGUUUGUUAGAGUCAAGUUUAUUGAUGAGCCAGCUGUGAAGUUGGACAUUGAGAUUGGGGAUGUUGAUGAAAACUUGUUUGUUCAGCAAUUGGAUGCCAAGGUGCGGGCCACUUUGGAGAAGAGAAGGCUAUUCAAAGAGUACUAUGAAGCGAAGAAGGCGCAGCAGGACCAGAUUGACCAGGAUUGGGAAAAGAUCAAUAAUAGUGUUUUUGGUAAUGUUGGCAGUGACGACUUUGGUUUUAGUGCUGACGAUAUGGACGAUUUGAACAACAUGAAUCUUGAGGAUGAAAUGAUGGGUGGUGAGCACUCGCGUCUUGAAAAGAUGUUGAUUGCCAAACUCAAGGCCAUCGAGUCUAGUGUUGGUACUUCUGAGUUGGAUAAGAUUGAUAUUGAGAAGGGUGUAGUGGAUGUGUUGGCGAGACUUGAAACGAGCAUGGGAGCUGUAGCACCGCAAGGGUAG